UGCAUUGCCCUUCCCCGUCCCACUGUCUUGCAGUCAUUGGUUAAGGAGGAUUAGCAAAUUGCAGGCUUUGCAGCUACUCAAUUCGGUUUUACAAAUAGACAAGUUACUAUUAUUUAUUAACCUAUAACUGACUGGAGCUGAUCGUAGCUGCUUCAGACCUGGGAUUAACUGAUUGUAUUCACUGCUGUUUUCAUGAUGGCGCAGGCACUAUCAGGGCUGGGGCGACCCGUUCUGCUACAGGCAGCCAGAAGUGUGCGAGGCCUGAGAGCGUUUAGUAAUGGAACACGAGCAUUUUCCAGUGAUAAUAAGGAGCCUCCUCAAGCUAAGUUUUUCCCCCCACUGAAGACAUCAAUGCUACCUCCUGAUUCUUUCAAAGGGAAAGUGGCUUUCAUCACAGGAGGUGGGACUGGACUUGGAAAAGGAAUGACCACGGCCCUCUCCAGACUGGGAGCUGAGUGUGUUAUAUCGAGCAGAAAAUUAGAUGUAUUGACAGAGACUGCAAAAGAAAUAGCAUCUGAAACUGGAAACAAGGUCCAUCCCGUUCAGUGUGAUGUAAGAGACCCUGAUUCGGUUAAAAAGGCUGUAGAAGAAUUAAUCAGAGUGGCAGGACUCCCAGACGUUGUGAUAAACAAUGCAGCAGGGAACUUUAUUUCUCCUUCCGAAAGACUUUCUGCAAAUGCCUGGAGAACGAUUACAGACAUUGUUCUUAAUGGCACAGCUUACGUAACACUCGAGGUGGGAAAGGAACUAAUUAAGGCAGGAAAAGGGGCAGCAUUUUUGGCAAUAACAACAAUUUAUGCAGAGAGUGGGUCUGGUUUUGUUGUUCCUAGUGCCUCUGCUAAAGCAGGCGUGGAAGCAAUGUGCAAAUCCCUUGCUUCUGAGUGGGGAAGAUAUGGCAUGAGAUUUAAUGUGAUACAGCCUGGGCCAAUAAAAACAAAGGGGGCUUUUAGUCGUUUGGACCCAACGGGACAAUUUGAAUCUGAAAUGCUGACGAGAUUACCAUGUGGAAGACUGGGGACAACAGAGGAGAUUGCAAAUCUUGCUACGUAUCUCUGCAGUGACUUUGCUAAUUGGGUUUCUGGAGCUAUCAUCAGAAUGGAUGGUGGGGAAUAUGUGUUCAUGGCAGGAGAGUUUAAUAGUUUGAAAAAGGUAACUAAUGAUCAAUGGGACAUUUUGGAAAAAUUAAUAAGAAAAACAAAAGGAUCUUAAAAUAUUUUUUUGUGAAGAUACCUUACCUGAAUUUUUGCUCAUUAUGAUCAUUUCAAGUAUGAUUAGAUAUUAAAAAACAUUUGUCACAUUUUGUAUGUAGGCAAAUUUAUCUUAUUGUAUCUAAUAGUAUAAAAAAUGUACUAUUACAGCAAUUCAAAUUCAGUCUGAAUUUAAAGCACAUAUUUUUGAAUGUAAGCAAUGCUAUAUAUCCAAAAAGUGUGUAUUUUUGUGAAACAAUAUGUUCUUGAAAUAAAAUAAUGAAUAUUAAAACAA